AUCAGCAUCAAUGUCCACGUGAAGAACCUAGUUAUGUUGACAGUGCCAACCCAACAAAAGGCACUUUCACAAUAUAUAAAAGAAGGUAUUCCUUUUUUAAAGUUUACUUUUAUAUUUGUUGUUAUAGUUGAGUUAGGCAGGGCUUUUGUGCAGUCCUAAGAAACAUACUGCCUAGAGUGUUUUUCACUUUGUGGAAGAGUUUCUUUAUUUAUUUAUUUUUCUGUUAGUGUAUGGAACUGAGGUGCUUCCUCAGGAGCUCCUUCAGUUGUUGGAGGAUGGAGAAGGGGACGCAGCCAUGACUUGUGAGAUGUCGUCUGAGUCAGCUACUACUCACUAGGAGAUCAGAAACAUGGUGUCCUUGCAAAAGUGGAAAGAGGCCAGGCCUUGUCUUAUAGACAAUAUGUUAGCUACUCUGGAUCCACUGUCACACCGUGUGUGUCAGUGUGGCAAACAAGUAGUUGUGAGGUGUCUGGAGUGCCUUCCUCUUCCAUUCCUUUGUGCUGAGUGUGAUAUUGCAGUUCACACACGCUUUGUUCUGCACAACAGAGAGGCAGUAACAGGAGGGUUUUUGCAGCCUUCAUCAGAGUUUCACAAGCCAAUAGGCCAGACCAUGUGUGUGACUGCCAAGCAGGUAACGUUGAGGUUUCACCCGGCGCAAUUGUGGCUCUUGUAACCAUAAAUGGCUGUUAUAACCUUGCACUGCCAGUGGUGAGCUGCACAAGCUGUGACCUAAUGUGGUCCCCCUCAGUUAAGGACAUCCUGGGUAGUGGAUAUUGGCCUGGCACCUUAAAUUUCUGCACCCUGUUUUCAAUGGAUGUCUUUCAGUCUUUCUAUGACAUUAAGAAGGCUGCACCAGGGAUGUCACUUAAGGCAUUUGUCAAAAUGCUGGAUGAAAGAACAGCCCAUUUUGGAAGGACUGGCCGAAUAUCAGCUGAUGCCUUCAGUAAAAGCUUUGUGGAGUGGAGUGCUGUAAAGUUUGAGGUGGACAGGAUGUGCAAGGAGCCAUGCAUUAGCUGCCCUGCCUGCACUCCAGACGUGCUUGCCGUCUCAGUUGAUGGAAACCGUAAGCUUUAUCGCAUUCAAUCAAAUACAAGCACUUCAGAGCAGGCGAACUUUGAAGGUGUCUUCAUUGAAAAAGAUGAGGAAGUUGCUGAGUUUAUGAAAUACAUCCAGAGACACACAAAUGAUAUCCCGGGGAAAGGGUUGUGCGGAUCUUCAUCUUGGACAGCAGCAAAGUAGUCGUCCAAAAAGUCCACUGGGAAGUUGGAUGAAGAGGGCAUGGAAAUAGCUGUUUGUCGCCACGGAGUCCUCUUAGCUGCAUUGAACAUGUUUCGAGGGGAGAUCUUUGCUUACCCCCUUUUUCUCCAGAGGAAGUUGGCAGCUAGCGUCCCAGGACAUAUUACGUUCCUUUGCUCCGAUGUGGCCUGUAAAUAUUUCCCAUAUUUAACCAAGGUGGCUCAGCUGAGGAACCCCUUGUCAAUGCGUCCUUUUCUCUCCGUCAUGCAUGCAAAGGCUCACAUUUGGAAAUGCGAGGUAUACUGCAGCUUGUAGUUUUGGAUUAGUUUGAGACAUUUUGUUAUAAGGUUGAAUGAAUUCAGCAGUCAUGUAUUGUGACCUCCUUUCUAUAGAUCAAAUGGGGAGGUGCGUUUCAGGAUGGGGCCGGUUCUACAGUUGGAAAAGAGGUGGGACAAGUAAACAGUUUCCUGUCUAGGGCAGCCAUUGAAGUACAUGUCUAAAGCAGGGCGAACAGACAUGCUGACCCUCCUGGCUUUGGGGUGGAACAAAAGGAAAGUGGAACAACUGGGCCGCAGUUUGAGCCAGAGAUAUCUCAAGAUCAUAAGGAUCCUUAGAGAACAAGUGGAGAGCCUGAAUGCGACCAAAAAUGAGCUGGGUGUGGAUGACGACACACUGCAGCAAUGGGUGGCCGAUGUGCAGAAAUGGGCUGAAGAAACUGAUCAAACUGAUGGCAGCCUUGGAGCGUUGCAGGCACGAAUAGAGGAGCUUGUCGUCAUCAUCAGAGUGCGAACACAAAGUCUUUACAGACAAAAUGAUAGCAACAAGAGGGGACACAGAAUUCGCAAGGUCAUCUUAGAUGAGAAGAAACGCUUGGCGGCUGCUGUUGACGACUACAACAAGCUUGCUGAACCAACAAACAAAUCGUAUCCAGUGAUGCCCUCAUCCAGACCGACAUUUGGCCCUGGCAGAGCACAAGUGAACCUGCUGCUCAACUCCAGACAAAGAGAAAGGUCUUUGAGAAGGUGAUGGCUGUGAGGCGCCUGAGAGAGGAGGAGAUGAUCCUUUGCAGGGAGAUGCGGCAUCACUGGACAGUGUUGCGAAUGUGAUCUGUGGUGUUGGGGACAAUCUCCUCAGACUCCUCCCUUGUUGGCAUGUCGGAGGAUGCACAGAAGGGACUCCAUAGCCUGGUUUUAAAAAAACAAAGUGAAUUGAAAUGCUCAAAAUAAAGGACAUGUACAAGAGAAUCCUCAGCCACCAACCACUCCUGGAAAUGGACUCGGAGGAGGAGGAAGACAUUCCAGACGAUGCCACUGAGAGUGAUUUGAGCACUUCUGAUGAAGACUGAUUGUGUCAUCAUUGAUGUUAUUUUUGGUAAAAUAAAAAGUUAAUCACAUCUCUGUUUAAUGUGAUUU